GCCUAUGAUUCAUUCAGAGAGGAGAAAAGGUCAUGGGUUGGCAGAGUUAUGGUAUCUACAACAUUAUUUAUGGAUAUGAGAUGAGUGGCUAGUUAAACAAUAACUAAAACUUACAGGUAAGGCAACUCCAUUGAAGUGACAUGGGGCACUACAAUAGUACUAGAAAACACUUAUUUAAUAUGAACGCGUCUUUGAACAACCGAGUCCCAUGAUGUUCAUUAUUAAGUAGUAAGUCAAUUUAUUUUCUUUCUCAUAUAAAUAUGGAAAGAAGGUCCCUUAUUUAGAAAGCAAAAAACACUCUUGACCACAAAUUGUAUUGUAUUCCGAAUGCCAACGAUUUUUCAUAGGAUUGUGGUUGUUUACGAGGUGCUAUACCCAUUCCUGGUGAGGCUGAUCCCCAAGAAGGUGCGAGCCUUCUUCCCCAGUGCAGGAGGAUCUUGGAGCUCCCAGAAGAGCAGAAGAACAAGCAUGGACCCGCAGGAGCUGAGGCGCGUGUUCCAGAUGUUCGACCGGAACGGCGACGGGAGAAUAACGAAGAAGGAGCUGAGCGACUCGCUGGAGAAUCUGGGGAUCUUCAUCCCGGACAAGGAGCUGUCCCUGAUGAUCGAGAAGAUCGACGUGAACGGCGACGGGUGCGUGGACAUCGACGAGUUCGGGGAGCUCUACCAGACCAUCAUGGACGAGCGCGACGAGGAGGAGGACAUGCGAGAGGCCUUCAACGUCUUCGACCAGAACGGCGACGGCUUCAUCACCGUCGACGAGCUCAGGACCGUCCUCUCCUCCCUCGGCCUCAAGCAGGGUCGGACCGUCGAAGACUGCAAGAACAUGAUCAUGAAGGUCGACGUCGACGGCGACGGCAUGGUCGACUUCAAGGAGUUCAAGCACAUGAUGAAAGGGGGUGGCUUCAAUGCUCUCACUUGACUCUUACUUUCUUACUCUUACCCAUUCCAUUCCUUUGUAAAUAAAUUCACUCAAGAAACUAUUGCAUGGUCCACAACUACUACUCAUAUUUCGUUUAUGGCCGAUCGAUCAAAUGGUUUCCAUGGAUCUUCACGUAAUUUGAUUAUGCGCAUCAUGUCACGUGAAGAUCGCUGAAAACCAUUUUCAGGAUUACUGAUUUGGUUUUCAUGUGACAUCAUGUGAUGUGAAGAUUGGUUGAAAUCAUGGACACUCAGACCAUGGAUAUGGUGUAGGAUUCGGAGUUCAGAUCAAUCUCAUCUCAACUUAUCUCGUCCUUGGUAUGUAUUGUAUUGUAAUGUGCGUACGUACGUGCCUCGGACUUACCAUGCAUGUCAUGCCAUGUCUUUUGGUUUCGGAAGAGGCACGCGUCCAGGCUUUUGUGUGUUUGUAUUUUUUUUUCCAACGUUGGACGUUGGUUUUGGAUAUUUAGCACAUGGCUCGGCGAUAACGUAGAUGAGAGAAGCCUUGCCCUGGUAAUGCUAGUACUUUUUUUUUCUUCUCGUUUUUGGGGGUAGGAGGAGGGGGAGGAAGGCCAUUGAAAUCGGGGGGCUAUUGCUACUGUCACAAGAUGUGUUUUGUGUUUUUUCUUGUUGAAGUUUUGAGGCGAGAAAGGUUGGUUCUAUUUUUACUCGGUAUAACUGUUGAAUCACUUUGUUCAA